GUGGUGAACUCUGACGGGCCAUUGCGGCGCUCUCUUCUCCUCUUCUCUUGUCCCUCUGCGACACAUAGGCAUUUGCUGCUUGGCUGGCCGCUCUUCAACUUUGUUUUCGUUGUUGCCGCCUGAAGGUGUUUGUUGCGGUGGUGUCUAUCGAGGUGCGUCUUUCUCGCUCUUCUAUCUUCUUCUGCGCAGACAAAAGACCCGCCAGCCCCUCAACCACCACGGGGGAAAACGAAGCACCCAGAAUUUAGAUACACCUUUUGAGCCGUCGUUGCCGCUUCAUCUAUCGAUCUAUUCCUUUCGUUUGUAUUUUGUGGACGGAAUCUUUUCCCUUUUUGUAGAGCUAUUUCACCCCAUCAAAAUAGAAAGGCGGGGCGCGACGGGUUUGUGUCGCGGUUGCGUUAGUGUUGUCGGCCAUCUACAUACUCUUUUUUAUUCUUAGCGGCGAAAGUGCUCGAGAGGCACCUCGUUCGACUACGGCUGACGUUCUGGUGCACCUUUCGUCGUGUUCCUCUCUCCUCUCCUCUAUCUUUUUUCUGCAGCUAUCAAUGACCUCCAUGGAGUACGACGUCGCUUCGCUGCUGGGCGUUCUUAGUGCGUCGGAGGAGGCAAACACGUGUCCCUUGGGCACCUUCGCGCGGGACAUCCGACACCUCGUUGCGGCCGAGCAAGGCGAAGACAUGGGCAACGUGCUGGCGCGGCGCUCCGCAGAGUUGGCGAAGGAGGAGGAAAAACUAAACGCUUCCAAAGAAAUGAUAUCCAUCACCUACGAUAAAUUGCGCGCGGAGAUGACACGUGUAGAGGCGCAGAUGCGGACGCAGGAGCGCCGCUUGCAGGAGGUAUCGCAGCAGAAGAAGCUGUGCAAGGUGGCCCUCAACCUCUACCUGGCUGGUGAGGUUCCCAACCUGAUGGAUGCCGAGGGCAUGGCCAUGUCGCCCGCCUCCAACAGCUCGCCCGAUGCCAUGAAGCGCGUGGCGGAGGACUCGAGGGCGGCGGAGGACGAAGGAGAGGAGCAGCCCAACAAGGCCGCACCGGAGCCGGCGCCGAUGAAAAAUUCACCGACGUCACGGCCGCCACAGCCGAAGCCCCGAACGGACGCGGAGAGCGACGACAGUGCGGCGGCAAGAAGCAGCACCUCGGCCUCCUCGCCGCGCUCUGGCGGUCCGGCGGCGCUCACCACCGAGGGCCUCCUCUCACUGCUGCGUCUGCCCGAAGUGAAGGAGACGGUGCUGCUAAACGCGAUUGAGGGCUACACUUCGCAGCACCUGAGCAAGAACGCAAACUGGAUGGCUUCGCACUCCUAUCCGGAUGUCCUCGUCGUCAUGACGGCCGUCUUGGGUCACAUCAGCGAGCCGCGGCCACCGGUGCAACUGGCGGAGCUGCAGCUGCUCAGUUUUGCCCUCCAGGCGUCCCCCAACUCUCGCCAGCCCGGCACCAACGAGAAUUUGUUCACCAUUUUAGAUACCCUCGUCCGCGAAGGCAACGCCGUUCCCAUCCUCACGAAGCUGCUGAGCAGCGUAAACGAUGAUGUGAAAUGCGAGGUUCUUGAGUUCCUCGCGCCGCUCGUGUGCGGCACCCAUGCGCUGAUCAACGCUGCCCCUGCCAACACCCUUAGCAGCUUCGCACGCAAGACGUUCCUCGCGUCUAGCGGGCUGGAUCCGCUCGUCAACAUCGUCGUGGUGAGCACGUCAGAGGCGGUGUUAGAGCGCGCGCUUAUUUUCGUGUGGGGCCUCCUCACCAAGGACGAAAAGGUCGAGCGGAACGGAGGCCACGAGACGUCUAUUCGCUCGCAGGUGCGCGAGCUGGGAGGGCUGCGAGCCGUCUUGGAUCUCCUCUACACGGACUCGCUACCCAUUUUAGAAAAUGUGUCGAUGGUGAUCGGCUACAUCACACGCGAGGACGCCUCAAAGAGGGAGAUACGCGAGAUUGGGGGGCUGGAAAAGAUCACGGCGACACUGCGCCACCCCUCCGAUUCUAUCAAGACGAAGAUGGCCGGUGCAGUGUGGAACUGCGCGUCGAACGCGGAGAACCGCAAGCACCUGCGCGAGCUGGGUGCCAUUCCGGCGUUGCUGGAGCUCCUUCGCCACCCCGGCUCGUCGAGCGACGCGAGCACCUACGAGUUUGUGCGCGAAAACGCAGCCGGCGCGCUGUGGAACUUGAGCGUGGAGGCGGAGAACAAGACGCAGAUUAUCGAGUACGGCGGAGUGCAGAUUUUAGUCGAUGUCAUGUCCACGUCGAACAGCGUGGCCGUGGUGGAGAACGCGUCAGGCACGCUGUGGAACUGCUCGGCCACGGCAGAGGCACGCCCCGUCAUCCGCAAGGCCGGCGGCAUCCCGGUGCUGCUGUCGCUGCUGAACCACCGCAAGCCGAUCGAGUCGGCGCGCGGCACCUCGGUCAAGUCGACGAUGCCCCUCAGCGAGAAGAUCAUCGACAACGUUGCCGGCACGCUCCGCAAUUGCGCGAUCAACGACCAAAACAAGCCGGUCAUCCGAGAGUGCGGCGGCGUGGAGCUCCUUGUCACAAAGGUGAAGGAGGCUUGUCUGGGCCCCGGCAGGAAGGAUGCGAGCGGCAGCAGCAAGCCCGCCCCUCUCUCACCGUCGACCGUUGACAAGUUGGCUUCCACGUUGUGGAUUUUGACCAUCUCACCGGAGAUCAAGCACACGGUGCGCUACGCCGGCGGCAUUGAGGCCUUCACGAGAAUUUUAGAAAUGUCAUCGCCCAGCAUUGCGGGGGCGGGCGAUGCGACGGGCAGGGACGCGAGUCUCUUUGCGCCGCUCCGCAUGCCGGUGGUCUCGAGCAAGUUUAACCUCGCGGCCUUCCAGACCGCGUACAGCACCGCCGCACUGGAGAAGUUGCCCUUCGCUACCCCCGCGCUGUCGGUGCCGAUGAACGUGAAAGAGAAGCUGGUGGGUGUGCUGCGCAACUGCAGCACCGUCAGCGAGAACCGGCCCGCGCUGAUCGACGCAGGUGCCAUUCGAAGCUUUGCGGCGGUGGUGCUCGACUGCUACUCCUCGCUGACCGUCUUCCAGUCCAACACCGCAGCCCACAAGAGCAGUCGCUUCCAGGAGCCAUCGCUGCAGCUAAAGGAGUCGAUUGCCUCCGCGCUGUGGUACCUGUCGCGUGACGACAAGGAGAAGCCGCGGGCGCAGGGUGGGCUGGACUUGAUGUGCAUGCUUCUGCUCUCUCCUCAGCAGCCCUCGGUGGUGCUGGAGCAGGUGGCCGGCGCACUUUCGUCCCUCACCGUAAACAACAACGACAACCGUGACGCCCUUCGCACCCACGGCGGCCUCUACGCCCUCAUCCAACUCGUCUCGGAAAAGGCGAGCGCCGAGUACCCUCAAGGAAAAGGCAACGCCCGUGGUGGCAAGGCAGAGGUGUCCUCGCACACCUAUGCGGUUCUCAACGCCCUCCUCACCAUCCGUAAUUGCACUGUCAGCAAUGACGAUAAUGUGCGUAUUUGCUUCGACGCCGCUACGGACAAGAAGAUCGCCUUUGGUCCCGCGCUGCUGCACAUCAUCGAGCACGGCUCGGAGGAAUCCGCGAAAGAGGCCGCCUUGACGGUAAAGAACAUUAGCGUUAUUUCGGCCGCGGCCUCGUACUUUGUGCAGCACAACGGCGUUGCGCUGGCGACGACGCUAUCGGAGCGUGCGUCGACCGACUCCACUCGCCGGGCCGCGGCGUCGCUCUUGCAAGCGCUCUCCAAGGCGCCGAAGAAGUGA